ACCUCUCCCAGGUUGCUUAGCGCGACUGGCAUGGCGGCUCCCUAAGGCCGCUUAGUGCACAUGGGUUAGACUCGCCACGCGUCAAAAAAAAAAAAGGGAAAGGAAAGGAAGCGGCUUCUCCUCCGUCUCGUCUGUGCAGCAGGAGCGCGCGGCUGCCUCCGAGAAAAUGCGGGCGUUGGAGCGUGUGUUGCUGAGGGGCUUCCCCAGCGCAGCGGAGUCACCGCGGUGGAAGCAGAACGAGGCGGCUUCGGCUGCAGAGAGUGGGUCCUUGUUGCAGUUGCUGUUGGAAGGGAAUUAUGAGGCCAUUUUACUAAGUAAAGCAGUCCAGGAUAUUUUCAGAGCACCUGAAGUAGCAGAAGAGGAUACCAUUGCCAGCUACUUAGAAAAGCAGAUUCAAGAUUAUCUGGACUGUUCUUCUGUAGAUACGGAUCACAAUGCAGACAUAUUUGUAUAUAUGUACAUAUUAUGUAGUACUUAUUUGUAA